AUGGGUUAUCAUAAUAUUAAUGAUCCAGAUAAACAAGUGAAGAAAGACACAUGUAAAUAUAUUUUUUGUUUAGAGGAGAAUAACAAAUUGUUAGAAUAUGAAAACAUUCUUAAGGAGAAAAAAGAAUUAGAAAAAAUAUUAUAUCAAAAAAUAAAAAUAUAUACAAGUGAAAAAUAUAUAUAUGUAUUUUAUAUGAUAUACAAUUAUUCAUUUCAAAGAGGUGAAAUGUGGAAAGGAAAUAAUAUUAAAAUGAAGAAUGUUAAUACAAAAAAUUCUGAUCAUAUAUAUGAUAACCAAAUUAGUAAUAUACAUAUAAAAUGUCCUUAUAAAAAAAAAAAAAGUUAUUAUUAUAUAUAUUGUAGUUCAAAAAAAUUUUCUGUUCCAAGAAUAUAUAAUGUCUUUUCAGGUGUAUUAUGGUGUCAGAAAAAGGAAACAAAUCAUAUACAUGUCAAAAAAAAAAAAAAUAUAUACGAAUAUAUCAACAUUGUAUAUCUUAAAGAUAUUAUAAAUCAUAAAGUUCUUACGAUUCAACAAAAUAUUAACUUUUUACUUUUUGAUGAAGACCACAGUGAUAUAUUUAAAAGAGAUUUCGAAAUUAUUAGUGACCAUGAUAAAAAAAAAUAUAUCCAUCAGAUAGAUUAUCAUGAAUCAACAAAACCACAAUAUAUAAACAUGAAUAAAUUACCAAUAAAUUAUGACAUCCAAAAUAAAAUGUUAAUAAAAAAUGUAACAGGAGAAAUCACAUUAAACGAACAUAAGAAAAAAAUAUAUAACCCUUCUCAUUAUCGUUAUUCAAAUGGAUGUAACAGGAAAUAUUGUAAAUAUAAUGAUCAUUAUGAAGAUAAUAAAUAUAGAAAUGAUAUGUAUAAAAAUAAAAUAAAUAAAUUUCAAUCAAGAGAACCCUUUUUUAAUAGAACAAAUAAUUACAAUGUAACAACAAUGUCAAGAAAAGCAUACGAAGACACAUUUCAAAAAAAUCAAGAAGAUAACAAAAAUUUUUUUAUGAAUAAUAAUUGGAAUAAAAUAUAUAAUAAUAAUAAUAAUAAUAAUAAUAAUAAUAAAAUAAAAAAAAAUAAAAAUAAUGAAGAAGGAGAUGAUGUAGAAUCUAUUCAUAUAAAUAAUAAUCUGUUAAAUAAUAUACCAUAUAAUAUCAAUAAAGAAAAGGUUAAUAUCUCAUUAGAUAUUAAAAAAAAAGAUGAUUUACAAGAAAAUGUAUUAGUAAGAAACCAAAAUUAUCUUCCAAAGAUGUUUCAAUAUGAAAUUGAUGAAAACGAAAGAUAUUUAACAUUCCAAACAUCAAGAAGUAUAUCACCUGAACAGAUAGAAGGUCAUCAAAAUGAAAUAAUAAAUAAACACAUACAUUCUAGUAUAGAUAAAAAGAAUAUGGAAGAAGAGAAUUCAUCAACAAAUACAGACAAUAACGUAAAGAAAAAUAUCUGCGAUGAUGAUGAUGAUAAGUAUGAAAAAAAGAAAAAAAAAAAAAAAAAAAAAAAAAAAAAAAAAAAAAAAAAAAAAAAAAAAAAAGAAAAAAAAAAACAGCAUAUAAAACAUUGCAAGGAAAAAAAAAUGGAAAAGGAUAUGAGGAAUAAUAAUAAAAUUUUGGAAGAUAAUAUGAAUAAUGAAAUGGAUCAACAAAUAAAUGAACAAAUAAAUGAACAAAUAAAUGAACAAAUAAAUCAACAAAUAAAUCAACAAAUGGAUCAACAAAUAAAUGAACAAAUAAAUCAACAAAUAAAUCAACAAAUAAAUCAACAAAUAAAUCAACAAAUAAAUCAACAAAUAAAUCAACAAAUGGAUCAACAAAUAAAUCAACAAAUAAAUCAACAAAUAAAUCAACAAAUAAAUGAUCGGACCAAUUUCUUAAUGCCAGAUCAUAUGAAAUUUUUUAUAAUCUCUGAAAAAAAUGUUACAAAAGAAAUACAUGAUGAUCCAAAUAAUAAAUCAUGUGAAGAAAAUAAUUCUCCUAAACAUAUUGCACACAUUAAAAAAUCAGUUAUAAAAAACAUCAAAAAAAAAAACGGAAAUGGACAAGUAUUUUAUCAUAAACAUAUAUAUGAGAAAAAUAAAGGAUUGAUAUAUAAUUUAAAAAAUGAAAAAAUAAAAGAAACUGUCAUAUUAAAUAAAAGACAAAAAAAAAAAAAAAAUGAUUCAGAUAAUGCAUCUAAAAUUCUAAUAAAACAUAAUAAAGGUUCAUGUAAUCCAUGUGCUAAUUAUUUUUUUCAUUUUUCAGGAUGUUCUAAAGGAAACCAAUGCACCAAAUGUCAUCAUGAUUAUCAUAAAAAUCAUGAAGAUCCUUUACAUCCUUCUAAAUUAUUACAUAAAAAAAAUAUAUGUGUUCCUUGCGAAAAUUAUUUUAAAAAACAAUGUAAUAUGUCAAUUCCUGUGUGUAUAUAUUGCCAUGAUAAUUCUCAUAAAAAAGAAUAUACAACAUUAAUAAAAAAAAAUGAACAUACACAAGAUAAAAAACAACUUCUUCAUGUAAAUCCACCUUUAUAUAUAAAUCAACAAGAACACAUACAACAUAUCUGCCACCCAUGUGAACAUUAUUUUACAAACCAUAAAACCUGUUUAAAUAAAUAUAACUGUUAUAAGUGUCAUCAUAAGGACCAUGCAGAUAUUCAAUCAUUUUAUCAUCCUUCAAAUUUUUUACAUUAUAAUAAAAAAUGCUCUCCAUGCAAGGAUUAUAAAACAGGCUUAUGUAAGAAAAUUUCUUAUCAGUGUAUCUAUUGCCACAAUCAUGAUCAUUUAAACGAAGUUAUGGAGGAAAGAAAAAGAUUAAAGGACGAGGAAAAAUUGAAACAGGAAGACAUAUUAAAGGAAGAAGUAAGAAUAAAAGAAGAGGAAAGAUUAAGAGAGAAGAAGAGAUUAAAGCAAGACAAGAGAAUUAAAAAGGAACACAAAUUAAAGGAAGAAGCAAGAAUAAAAGAAGAGGAAGAAAGAUUAAAGGAAGAAGAGAGAAUAAAAGAAGAGGAAAGAUUAAAAGAAAAGCAGAGAUUAAAGGAGGAAAGAUUAAGAGAAAAGAAGAGAUUAAAGCAAGAGAAGAGAAUUCAAAAGGAACACAGAUUAAAGGAAGAAGUGAGAAUAAAAGAAGAAGAAGAAAGAUUAAAGGAAGAAGCAAGAAUAAAAGAAGAGAAGAUAUUAAAGGAAGAAGCAAGAAUAAAAGAAGAAGAGAGAUUAAAGGAGGUGGAAAGAUUAAAGGAAGAGGAGGAUUUAAAAGAAGAUGAAAAAUUAAAGGAAGAGGAGAGGUUAAAAGAAGAAGAAAAGUUAAAGGAAGAAGAAAGAUUAAAAGAAGAAGAAAGAUUAAUGGAAAUUAAAAUGGAAAAACAAAGAGAAAUAUUAAAAAUAAUAUUGAGAAAUAAAAUAAAAAAAAGGGAACAGGAGAGAGAAAUGGAAAUACAACAAAAAAGAAAAAAACGCAUAGAGAAAAAUAAAAUAAUCCAAAAUUUUAUAGAAAUAAACAACAGUAAUAAUAUAUGUCAUAAUAAUAUAUGUCAUAAUAAUAUAUGUAAUAAUAAUAUAUAUCAUAAUAAUAUAUGUAAUAAUAAUAUAUAUCAUAAUAAUAUAUAUUAUAAUAAAUAUAAAUAUGAUAAUAUACAAAAUUUUAAUAGAAAUAUAACUUUAUAUGAAAACAAAACGAAUAUAUCUUUACAUCUAAAAGAUCAAAAUUUAAAAAGAGAAAGCGAAAACAGUAAUACAUAUUAUUUAUUAAAUAAUGUAGGAUAUAUAAAAGCAAAUACAUAUGAUAUGCCUAAAAAAAAUAUACACAAUAGUUUAUGUGAUAAUAAAAAUAAUAAAGAAUUUGUGGGAUCAGUAUGUAAUUUAAGCACGCAUAAUAAUAAAGAUAGACAUUUAAAUAAUUAUAACACAUCUCAUGAUAUAUAUAAAAAUUAUUCUCCUAACAAAGAUACAGAUAUUUUAAGAGAGAAAAAUAUUUUUAUAAAAAAUAAUCUACAAGAAGAAAAAGAAGAUAAGUUGAAUAAAAACAGUGAAGAUUUAAAGGUUCAAGAAAAUUCUAAUAAUAAAAAAGAGACCAAUUCCAUAAAUGAUUUUAACGAUUUAAAAAAGAAUGAAGAGAAAAAUAAAAAUAAAAAUAAAAAUAAUAUUGGAACAAGCACACAAAACAUAUUAGAUGAUAUAUGUAAUAAUAAAUGUAAUGAUAAGCUCAAUAAAGAAAAAAACAAUGAUAAAUCCUUAUUACAAGUAGAUAAGAUUGAUUAUAAAGAAAUAAAUUGUUAUAAUGCAAAUAAUGAUAUGAAAAGUGGAAAUGUGAACAACACUUCUUGUGAUUAUAAAUAUAAUAAGGAUAUAAAAAAUAAGGAUCCCAAAGAAAAUAAUUAUGUAAGUGUAUCACUAUAUAAUAAAGAUAAAUAUAAACAAAAUAAUAAUAAUGCACAAUAUAUUCAUAAGAACACAUCAACGAAUGAAAAUUUACUUGCAUUUAAAAAACAACAACAAUUCAAACAACAUACAGAUAUUUUAAAUAAUAACAUUAAGAAAGAAAAUGUGAGUGGUAUAUAUAAAGAAUUUAAUGUCAAUGGAAAUAUUAAAAAUAUGAUGUAUGAAAACAAUUAUAAUCAAGGAAUAAAUAGAAAAAGGAAUUUAUAUUCAACAUUUUAUAAAUCAAUAACAGAUACAGAAUGGAACCAAAAUAAAAAUGCAAUUAAUAUAAAUAAUAAAAGCACAAUUAAUGUAAAUAAUAAAAAUACAAUUAAUAUAAAUAAUAAAAAUAGUAGUAUAAAAGACACGUCAACUAUUUGUAGAAGUGAUAACUUUAUAAAUUCAUUAAAUCAUAACAAGGAAAAUAAUAUUACUAGCAAAAAUAAUAACUAUGGUGUUCAUAUAUAUAAUACAUUAAAUAAAGAGACAAAAUAUAAAGACACUAAAAAGGAUAUAAUACAUAAUACUAUGGUGGAUAAUAAUAAAUAUGUGGCGAGAUAUAACACAAUUAACAAAUAUAAUAACAAUUAUAUUACAAAUAGAACUUAUAAUAAUAAUAUUAAUAAUAAUAAUUAUUAUUAUUAUUAUAAUACACAUCAAAAAUAUAAUCUUUAUAAUUAUGCACAUUAUGAUCAGCUUAAUUUAAAAAGAAGAAAAACAUAUGCUAAUGACAAUAAGCAAAUGUGA